GAGCCGAGCUCUGCAGGCCGAUCCCGGCCCAGAGACUCCCCAAAAAUGCCAGUUGCAGCCACCAGCGUGGGUGUCAGCAGAUGGCAGCACCCCUGCCCUGCACCCCGUGUUAUUCCUGGCCGGGAGAUUCCCUGGAUUCAACACCACAGUCUAGACUUACUGACAGACAGGAUUCUUCUCCUGUUAGGAUUCUCCUGUGCUGGGGCCCGGAGCCGAUGGCAGAGAAUGUCAACAACUAACAACAUAGCGCAGGCCCGGAAGCUGGUGGAGCAGCUCCGCAUCGAGGCCGGGAUCGAGAGGAUCAAGGUCUCGAAAGCCUCUUCCGAGCUCAUGAACUACUGUGAGCAACAUGCCCGGAACGACCCGCUGCUGGUUGGAGUUCCCGCUUCCGAGAACCCCUUUAAGGACAAAAAGCCCUGCACCAUCCUAUAGCUCCGGCAGCGCCCCCGGAUCCCUCCGGAAGGGCCUCCUGCUCCAGCCACUGAGACCGAGCUCCAGCACCUGCACCUGCGCCCGGGGGUAAACUCUAAACGUUGGCUUCAAACAGAACUUAAAUUCCCGAAAAACGAAAACCCAAAACCACAGAACAACCAAUUACACGGAGAUAAUAAUAAUAAUAAUCUGGGAGCGGUUUUUAGGGAAGGGUGUCCGUUCCCGGGCACGGGCUGCACGUGGAGAGGGGUCGGAAUUCAAAUCGGAAUUCGGAAUAAACCGGGGUGGAGGGAGGGGGGGGGAGGAUUUUAACGGGGAUAUUGGAAUUUGGGAGGAGGAGGCGGGGGGGGGUCGUGGUGUUCCCAGCGGGAUGUGAGGCCGGAGCUCCGGGCCCCGGCGCUGGACACGGCUCCGAGCGCUCCCAUCCAAUUAAGGCUCCAAUCAGCAGGAAUUUGCUCUCGUUUCUGGAGAAGGGAACGAGGAGGGGGCCCGGGUGGGAGAGAUUUUGUAGAAAAUUAGUACCAAAAAAAAAAAAAAAAAAAAAAAAAAAAAAAAAA